AUGGGACUCAAAAAGCAGAUGCUCCAGUUCGAGGACCAGCGCUCAGAUCUCGAAUCCGACUACGAAUCCGACGCCGAACCCUUGAUACUGAAGCCAUUUCGACUACUUGAUCUUCCUUCUGAGAUCCGCUUGCAUAUAUACCAUUUUGUCUUGUUCACACCGACCCGGAAGAGUGCUUUACAGCGCACCGGCAACGUGGGGGCUUCUGCGAAAAAGAGCAAACCGCUUGCGCCAUCUUCGCAUCGGAUUGGGCUGUUUCUUGCCUCGAAACAAAUACACGACGAAGCCACACAUUAUUUCUAUUCGACCCAGACAUUCCGUGUGUUGCCUGUGCAAGACUUCUUGCGCAUGCCCACCAUCCGGGGCUUACCUCGUCGCCACCGCGCCUCCGUCACCACUAUCGAACUGAUCGUGGGAUCAAGCUGGACUGCGCCACCAAAGUCAUGGACCAUAAACCAGGGUCUGGGUCUGCAAGAUAUGCGUCUUGCGCGCACGCUGAAAGUAUUUGUGCAGUGUGACCCCUCCCACCCUGUGUUCGAGGGAUUCCGCAUCUCGAAAGAUUUCUAUACCAACUUCUGUGGUAAUUUACUACACGAGAUCUUGGGCCGACUGCCUGGCCUAGUGCAAGUCGAGUUCGAUGGAUGGCCAUCUGUCGACCAAAAUGGCCCUCUGAUGACCCGCCUACUCGCCGAAACCCGUGAUGCUCAUAAGAAGGUUCUUUGGGGCACUGAAAGAGGCUGGAGCGAUCAUCAAGAUGGCCGCCACAAGCACCAGGAACUCAGCGAUAUCGAUGCUGCCUUCGACGGAAUGCUAUCCCACCCCCCUGAUAUUGUUGAGGCCCUGAGCAAUUCACUUCAGACGGUCAAGUUGGAAUCUUAA